AUGGCUCCUCUUCGACGUCAUAUCGGGGCCAGCCGCAGGAAGAGACGGGAAGAGGAUGGCGAAGAAGAGGGUUCAAUGGCUGGAGAUAUAGGAGAUGACUCCCUGAGUGAAGGCUCGACUGACAGCCACCAAGAAGACGAAGAUGCAGACGGUGAAGUCAGCGAAGAAAGCGAGGACGAGGUCUCUACGUUGGCAAAGGCGGACAAGGUCCACGGUCGUGGGGUGGACAAAUCUACACGGAACAGCUCCGCAUCGCCCGGAAAGCGAGGACUCAAGACAACGGUCUCGGAUACAGAGGCGAUGUUGAACGGCCUCAAGAUCUCAGACGGUGCGGGGGACGCUGCGGAGCUUCAUUUCGACGAUCUGAAGGAAGAACGGGAGCCUCACACUGGAAGAACGCCCUCUGCCCCUCCAACCGAGCCAAAUCGAAACAAUUUGGCUUCCAGAAAGCGCCGCGAGAAUGACAAGUAUGUCAAGGAACGAGAGCAGAACCCAGCUUUUGUCCCCACGCGCGGCAGCUUUUUCCUUCACGACAAGCGGUCCACAGACAACGGUCACCGGCUCAAGAGCAAGUCUCGUCCCUACGGCCUGAUUGUAGACGGUAGCUCUCGCAAGUAUGUUAUAUCCCAUUCCAUCUCGGGGUCCUGUCUCUUACUAAAAUGGUUCAGGUCUUCCAAACCCGAUUCCAGUGGAGGACAGUGGGCACACGACCUCCACGAUACUGUGGCCGGCGAGGAUCGACCUGCAGCAAAGCGCCCAACACCAUCCACGAUGCCUAAUCCUGGCGCACCUGUCCCCACCGCUCCGAGAUCUUCCCCGCCCAACCGGUCCUUCUCUAGCACAACGUUGGUUGGGAAUGUACCAGUCGUAGUAUCCUUACCUGGCAUGGCCAAUCCCGUUCAAUUUUCUUCCGUGCCCAAGAGACUCCACACCCGGCUACCUCAACACCGACCCCCGUUGCGACGCGAUAAACCUGUACGAAUUUCUCUUCCCAGUCAGCCACCCCGAUACAUAUUCCCCUCGGUCGAACGUUCCUUUAUCUUCAUCCCCCGUGCGUUGCGGCCAAAUCAAGUCUCCCGCGGUCGAGGUGGUCGUGGUGGCGGCUGGUACGGUGGACGACGUCCUAGCUACUACCCUACCUCCUCUUACACGCCGAGCGUUGUCAGCCGCCGAUCUUCGUUUGGCAUUCCACCUUCUCAGGAUGGCUGGCCAUCACCUGCUGGGUCUGUCUACUCCAGACCCACAAUUCCCACGGACGCUAAGCCCGUUGUCCGCCUCCCCCCCCACCUCGUCCGCCUAUAG